GCGCUCCGGCGGUGGCAGCGGAACAUCCGGGGCGGUCUGGCGGAGCUCGACACUGGCUGAGUCUUCAGUCAGAAGCCGGGUGAAAAGGGGACGAGAAGGAAGGGAGAGGUGUGAGCAGUUGAAGUCUCUAUUGGUGUAUGUGCGGUAACAACAUGUCUGUUCCCCUCCUCGCCGAUGCCGUGACCGUUUCAGGGGCAGAGCGGGAGACUGCAGCGGUCAUUUUUUUACAUGGACUCGGAGACACAGGGCACAGCUGGGCUGAAGCCCUGUCUGCCAUUCGGCUCCCUUAUGUGAAAUACAUCUGCCCUCACGCGCCCAGGAUCCCCGUCACGCUCAAUAUGAAGAUGGUCAUGCCAUCCUGGUUUGAUUUGAUGGGGCUAAGUCCAGAUGCACCGGAGGAUGAAACCGGAAUUAAAAAAGCUGCUGAGAACAUUAAAGCUGUCAUUGAGCAUGAAGUAAAGAAUGGAAUCCCAGCCAACCGCAUCAUCCUAGGAGGCUUUUCACAGGGCGGCGCGCUUUCCCUCUACACAGCUCUCACUUGCCCACACCAACUGGCUGGCAUUGUGGCCCUCAGCUGCUGGCUCCCCCUGCACAAGGCCUUCCCUCAGGCAGCAAACAAUGGUAUGAACAAAGACAUACCCAUUCUUCAGUGUCAUGGGGAGAUGGACCCCAUGAUCCCAGUGCGUUUCGGGGCUCUCACUGCUGAGAAACUGAAGUGCGUCGUCACCCCAAGCAAGGUCCAGUUCAGAACUUAUCCAGGACUGAUGCACAGCUCCUGCCCUCAGGAGAUGAUGGCUGUGAAAGAAUUCAUUGAGAAGUUGCUGCCCAGGAUUUAAGUGGAGCUACUCAAGACUGUUGCAGGGAGAGGAGGCCAAAGGUCACUGCCUUCGAUCUUUAACCCUUGACCUGUCAGUUGCAUUCGGAAGCCAUGGCGAUCCACCUCCACUCUAGUCGGUUUCCUUUGGUUUCCUUUUUCUGGCCCUCCCCUUCCUCCUGUGCUUGCCCCUCCUUCAGCAGAGGGGGAGGCAUUUCCUGUGUGUGCACAGCGAAGGGCUGGAGCGGUUUUAAGGUACAAGCUGAAAUCCGUUUGGCUGCCUUUUUCUGUGAAUUAGUGUGUUUUGGGGGGGGGGUCAUUCAGGCUCUGUCCCCCCCCCCCCCCCUCAAGUGCUAACUGGUGGCAACCAAAGGCUCUAAAAGCAAAAGGUAUUAGGUGACUUGCUUUCUUACUUUGCAGUAUUUGCGGGGAUCUUAAGAGAGCGUACUGAGGCCCCUUUAGGGUUCCUUCCCAUCUCCCUCCAUCUGUGGUGUGGAGAGCCAGUCCCAGCUUGUGUGUGUUUGUUCUGCUGGAGCUGGCACUCGACUUUUUCCUGGGCUGGGGAGGUAGGGGGAUUCUUCUGCCCCGCCCAGGAGGACGUCCCACAGAGCCCCGUACCUUAAACCUUGCUCCAAAAACCCCACCAGCAUUGCCCAGGCGAGGGGGAAGGGCAGCCUGGUGUUGGACGGCUGUUUCUUACCCUCCAGACCCGUCUUAUUCUGCUCUGCCCCGUCAGAAACACGUAGCAACAGCUGAGCGUGCACACACCCUGGCAAGUGUUUGGAAUUGCAGUCGGGGUGUUACUGUGGUGGAUGCCCUCACUGUCGCCAGGUAUUCAUUCCUAACGUCAUUCCCCUCUGCCACCACCUUUCCUUUUUCUCAUCAUAUCCGCAGUGGUCUUUUCCAUCACGCUGGGCCCAAGUUAGUUCCUUGCUGCACAGGCAGGGCUGAGCUCAGGGGAGAUGGACAUGCAGCGUAAGGCUGUCCGUAGCCUUCUGGGCACACACGCAUCCUCCCCCAGCGAUCGCUGGCAGUUCCUCUUGGGGCCGGGGCAGUGCCUCAGUGGCGACCGCUUGUGUGGCUCAGCAGAUCAUUCAGGAUGGCUGCUCGGUGAUCCUUUCACUUUCCAUAUCAAGCAAGCUGCUUUUUCUUUUUUUGCAGCAGGGGCCACCUCGCCUUAGCACCUGUCUUGGUUGUCAGUGGAUCUGCUAAGCCCAGCGUUCUCCUCUCUCAGCCUCCUCCCCCACCAGUAGCCCCAUCCUAGCCCUGGUGGCUGGCAACCAAGAUGGUUUCCUUUAUUUCUGUGACAAGGCCCCUCUUUCCUGGAGUGUUGGCUCUCAUCAUUGCUAGCAGGGAGUGGGGACGGUCUGUGCUGUUGAGCAGCGGAGGUUCCCCCCCACCCCCCCACCUCCUACCCUCCCGACGGGGCUGCAACCAGAACUUGACAGCCAAGGACAGCGUGUAUCUUCUGAAGGAGCUUUUUCUGUCCACUCCCUCUCUGUUUCUGGCGAAGGGCUAUUUCUCUUCCUUCCUCCCGUAUUGUUUUGCUUGCUGUGUGGCCUACGCCCCCUCGCUUUCUCCCCAUUGCGGUUGUCAGGCAGCAGUCAACAAGCGCAGAGUCCAUCCUUGUGCUGGUCCGAGCUCUUCAGAACCAGACCUGGAAGGGGAGGGUGUGGCGGAACCCCUGGCAGAGCAGUGAUGCUCUCCCUCUUCCAGGAGAUGCCUGCCCCCUUAAGGAACUUGCAGCGUGGCCUAGUGACAGUUCUAAGAGAAGGGAUAGCUCUCUUCCCACCUCCAGUUCUCAAAAGACAUAUGAGAGUGUCUUGCGGCUGCUGCGGCUGCCCAUGCCACCUUACCUUUGUUGGGUAUAAGCGACUUCCCCCCAAGGGGGAAGCUUCUGGCUUCAGGUUUCUUCUCAGGCACCUGGAGGGUCCCUAAAUGCCUUUAUAUGCUUUUGUUGGCAGGUGAUGACAGCCAGCCUGUUUUGUCUUUGGUAUUUCCAUGGUCUCAUUCCAAAUAGUGUCCCCAGUUUAAGACCAGAACAGCUAACGUUUGUGCAGGCAGAAGGAAAGGGGAUGGCUGAGAUGGGGGUGGUGGGGAUGGGCUGGAAUUAUUCAGUACAGCCUUUUUAUCGUUUAUGCCCAGAGUGGUGGGAAGCAAUAACCCUCUCAUAGCCAUAAGCCAUUUUUAAAAGGGUCUGCUUAAACAAAAAGACUUUUGCUUGUCCCCUGGAGGAAUCAGCUUCUCCCCCCCCCCCCCCACUUUGGGGGAAAAGAACAACUCAGGCCUGAUCUGCUCAUGUGCAACAGACUGAAAAUGGUAGACUGUUCCACUUAACAGCGGAACCUGCUGCAAGGAUGCAUUUUAAAAUGUAUGCUGUCAUAAAAAGAAGAUUCCCCCGCAAAAAAAGAGGGCACACAAGGAAUAGACUGAGCUGGGACGCCUUUUCCUUGCGUGCAGCUUCUCUACUUGCAGGGAAUUUUUAAAAAUGGAUAUUUAAAGAUGUCACUUCCCUUUCUCCUUGUGCUGCUUGAGUAGGCCAGGCCUUAGCUUUGGAAGUCCUUGAGUAGACCAGGCUAUAUUCUGGAAUGGGCAUGGCAGAGAGAUUCGGUCCCUGCCUGGGAGCCUGGCCGGCUGCUGCUGCUCCUCUCUUCCCAGACUGUGAACAUAGAUCACUUUUGAGUGGUGGCCAUCCCAAUAAGUGCUCGGCUGUUGCCUCAAGCAUGACUGGAUCCUUCUCAAAGCAGGGCCUGCAAAUUGUUGAUCUCUCUGAAGGAUGUUGUUGAAUAUGGCCAAAAAAAAGUGUACCGGGGGGGAGGGGGGAGAUGGUGGUUUAUUCCUCUUAAUUUUCUUUCUCCUCAUCCCCUUCUCUUUCGUCUUCCUCAUCCAUCGUUUUUAUUUUCUAUGUUCUACUGUUGGAUAUGAGAUUAAACAAAUACAACCA